CUCUGAAGGGACACAGACCGGAGUAAACCGGGCACGUAGGCGGGUCCCCGAUGACGGCACAAACAGGUAGUCUCGGGGUGUGUCCCUCAAGCUUUCAGGUGUUUACCGACAUAUAAAAAGUUGUUGGAGGCAUUCUGCAGAAGAGGUCUAACGCCGGGAGCGUUUGAAGGACACAGACAUGGAUUUAACUCGGUUAUUGUCGCUGCUCAUUUUUAUUUUCUGCUGCUUUUCUGCUUCUCAUGCUAACGCUACAGGUAAAGGACGGGGAUUCGUUGCGUAUAAGGACCCUCUAAACUCAGACCAGUAUGUUGUGGACCAGGCAACAUCUGACACACUGAAGAGCAGUCUCACCACAGUCUUCCUCCCGAUCGUCUACAUCAUCGUGUUUGCAUUGGGACUUCCUGCCAACGGCAUGGCCAUCUGGGUGUUCCUCUUCCGAACCAAGAAGAAGCACCCGUCGUCCAUCUACAUGGCCAACCUAGCUCUGGCUGAUCUGCUUUAUGUCAUUUGGAUACCUUUUAAAAUAUCCUACCAUUUAAAUGGCAACAACUGGAUCUACGGAGAGCCGCUGUGCAAAGUCCUUAUGGGCUUCUUCUAUGGAAACAUGUAUAGCUCCGUUCUUUUCAUUGCCUGCCUGAGUGUGCAGAGGUACUGGGUGGUGGCUCACCCUCUGUCCCAACAGAGAAAGAACAACAAAGUGGCUGUGGGUGUCUGCGUGGCCAUCUGGUCUUUCAUCUGGCUCACCACCACGCCUCUGUACUUGUAUGACCACACCGUCAAACUCAAAGACCCCAACGUCACAACCUGCCACGAUGUCAACAUCAUAAAGGACCCACUGAAUCCAUUCCCUUCUGUGCAGCUCCCGUACUUCUACUUCAUCGUCAUGGGUCUGGUGGUGUUCCUCGUGCCCUGCGUAGUGAUCAUUGUGGCCUACGUUCUGUUACUCAGGGCUCUGGGGAACGGCUUGGAGAACAGCACUGCCGGAAAGAACCGCCGGAAAGCCGUGCUGCUGAUUGUGAUCGUUCUGGUGACUUUUCUAGUGUGCUUCAUCCCCAGUAACAUCAUGCUGGUGAUGCACUACUCUCUACUAAAAGAUGGAGUGAUAGAUAAUGGUUACGGCUUUUACAUCUCCACAUUAUGCCUGGCCAGCCUCAACAGCUGCCUGGACCCGUUUAUCUACUACUUUGUGUCGGAGGACUUCAGGAACCACGUAAAGAACACGCUGCUGUGCAGGAGCAGCAGGACUGUAGAGAGGAUGAGGGUUUCAUUCAGCUCCAUGAAAUACUCCAGGAAGAGCAAGACGUACACGUCGAGUAGUGGCAACACGCAGAGCAGCUCCUGUUAGAGACAAGAUCAGUAAAGGGGAGCAACAACAAAAAGAACUCCUAAUACCAUAUCCGGCCUGUGCUUGCUCUGGUUUACUGAAAAUGUGGCAACGCACUCACGUUGUGGCACUGAGACACAGUACAUAGGUCGGUAAUAAUGGACAAACGGCCAAUCAGUCAGCCAGGUGACCUCAGCACAUCAUAUAACCAAAGUUGAACUGUAAAUGUGAAGAUUACUGUGCAGGAAUGAGAGCCGGAGAACAUUUUAAAAUGAAUAUGACUUCAUCAUGAACUGUUAAGUGUCCAUGUGUGAAACAUGACUGUGUUUUAUUUUUCUGAUAAACAUGGAGAGAAUGCCUCUUAAAGACUGCCUUUGAUUUCUCUUGGCUGCACAAAAUGUUGUCUUUUACCCAAGAAUGUGACUAGUUGGUUCACUGCACUCCAGAUCAUUAAAAGCAAUGAACGUCCAUAUGAAAAGAACAAAACUAGCGUGAUGUGUUCAGAGGAAGGACACAAAAACAACAACAAAAUAUGUGUAGCUUUUGUCAAAACAACACACCCUUCUUAAUGUCUACUUGUGUUUUUAGACUAUCCUGUUUUUUGCCGUCCUUUUCAAGUGUUGACAUAGUUUUGAGUGAUGAGGAAAAAAGGUGUCCCUGUUACAUAGUUUCUUAAAUAAAUAAUAACAAAACAAGA